CAACCAGAAGCAGUAGACAAAAAGCAAGAAGUGAAUAGCAAGGAAAAGGAACAAAAAGAAAAGCUCUUGCUAGAGUCCAAAACCAAGAGGAGAGCUGCACAAGUUGUCCAACUGGGCUGUAAAGUGCCACCUUUACCUUUCCAUUGCUUAGUGAAGAGAUGGCACCUCUUCCCACCUGGGGACACCAGUUUCCUUUAUCCUACCAGGAUCCCCUAUGAGGAAUCCAGCAUAUUCAGCAAAGUCAACAUUGCCAAUCCUGAUCUGAAACGCUUUCCCAAGUUUAGGAACUCAACAGCCCAUGUCGUUACACUCAGUCCAGGACAGGUCCUGCUUGUUCCAAGGCACUGGUGGCACUAUGUGGAAUCCAUUGAUCCUAUCACUGUCAGCAUAAACUCUUGGAUUGAACUGGAUGCAGAUCAUGAAGCCCGUGUAGAAGAGGCAAUAACUCGAAUGCUGGUAUGUGCCAUAAAAUCAGCAGAAAAUCCCAGUGAUGGAGAUCUCUGGCUAAAUCCCACGGAGGUUGAGGCAACAUCCCAUGAAAUCAAUCUUCAGUACCUGAAUCAAGCAGUGUCUGCGUAUUUCAAGUGUCAGAAGACAAGUGUGCCAGCGCAGGCACAUUCCAGCAGCGCUGGUGCAGAGCAAAGGACAGGUGCCUCGUGCAAGAGGAAGAAAAGGGAAGUUGGCUCUGAGCCAGAUGGCCGCAGAUUACUAACCCAUGGGUUUGACUUUUCAGCAUCUAAAGCAGAAGAGCUGCAGACAGUACCUUUUGGGCCUCAUCUGAUUCAAGUUUUACCCCAGUCUCAAGAAACGGGCUCGAUGGGUGCAGCUGCAGUUGAAAGCGACGGUAGAGAUCUUCCCCGAGAAAACGAAGGAGAACAUAUUGGAAAAUUACACCGCAGGAGGAAGCAGUUGGUAAUGAGUAAUGACUGUGAGAUGCCUGCACAUCAAAUGGAUUCAGACAGCAGUCCGUGCACCUCACAAACAGCCCUUUCUACCAAUGAUUUGCUGGACUGUUUGGUUAAUCCGCAUGUCAUCAAUUUAGUGGCUCGGCUGCUGUUGGAGAGAACAGGAGUUUAACGCUGGAGUGUUUUAUCAUUGCUGAAACAAAGAAGUCAAACAGCAGCCUUGUUCUGGUGUUUAAGCUCUGCAAUAAUUGAAUGUUUCAUUUCAAGUAAUUUUUAGGUACAGAUAGAUGCACUUAAUGGCUAAAUGGCAGGUUGAAGUUAUGCUGAAAGAAGAAUAACUGGUUAGUGAUGGCUGGGAAGAGAAAGGUGUGUUCAGUCAGAGAACUGCUCAGUGUUAUGAGCAAAACAGAGAGUACGCAGUUCCACCCCCACCAUGCUGUACCGAGGGGAUCUUUGCAGUGUUCCACAGCUCUGAGCUGUGACACACGUGGGGUUUGAAGAUAGGCGAUAGGAGGGAGUGCUGGGACAUUGCUACAUAGCAGAGGGGGACCAAGAGUGGGAGCAGAUUGACUGACUGUUGACUGCAGUCCUUGACCGCAUUUAAAGUAAAAUGGUCAGUAAGUGAUCGGUUGAUCACAUCAGAAAUAAUAAAUUCAAAGAAACCUAAACCUCAGCCAAGAGGCAAUACACUCACUAAUGCAUCUACUUCCUCCCUUCCACAAAAUAACGUCGGUUUUGUCACAAACCUCUAGGUUGGAGUGAGACAGAAACUCUUAACAAGAAAAUAGUCUUUAGUUCAGGAAUUCUUCAGGCUGGGAGACAAAAGACCAUUGGGAAGUUACUGAUAUUAUUUAAAGCCAGAUGUGCACUGUUCCCCAUCUCUAAGGAGCAAAGUAAAGCAGCUGUGACCUUCUGUCUCUGUCCUACUCUUUACUAUAACAAUAAAAAUGUAGUAAUUUUU